CGUCAAUCAGCAUCAAAGACACAGCAACCAUAAAGGACACCCAUUUCCACAAACACACUGCGCACCACACCAUGCGAGCGCUUACACUGGAAGGGGCGCAUGCGUUGGCUGUGCUGCUGCUGCCGCUGGUGGUGUGCGGCAAUGGCCUAAUCGUCUCGCUGCUCGCCGUCAUCGCUGUUGCUCUCAUCGGCAUGGCCAUCCGCUUCUACCUGCUCACAGUUGGAGGGCGCAGAAAGCCCAAGCUGCAGGGCAUCACGUAUUCGCACUACGUGGAGCGGGUCAGAUGGGCCAUGCAGCGUGUGGGCAUGGACUUUGAGGAGGAGCAAGCCGCUGGCAUCCUCGGCAUCCUCCUACUCGGUCGCACAGUGCCACGGCUCAUCAUCCCUGCACAGCGAACAUCAAUCGGAGACUCCACAGCCAUCCUCAAGUACAUCUGGGCCACAUAUCAAGGCACGAAGGAGGAAGACAAGGCUGACUUCCUCAAGGUCACACCCGAGAUUGAAGAGCUCAGCAAGAAGAUCGACAGAGCUUUCGGCCUCCACUCCCGCCGAUGGCUCUACUACCACACCUUGAAGGUGCCUGCCAUUGGCAAGUUCGUCUGGGGCAUGCGCGAGACGCGCAACGUGCCGGCAUGGCAGCGUCUCGUCGUGCGAUACGGCUACCAGCCACUCAGGUAUGUGCUGACCAAAAUGCUUGGAGUGAGCAGGAGCAACGCCCGCAAGUCCUUGGCGAUUGUCAAGGAGCUUUACGACGAGCUGGAUGCGCUCUUUGCUGACGGGCGGCCGUACAUAUGUGGCGAUCACUUUACCAUCGCUGACAUCACCCUCGCCAGCCUCGGCGCACUCACAACACUGCCCGAAGGAUACACAGGCGGCGCUGCCGAGCACGCGCUGCUGUCGAUUGAUGACAUGAAAGCGAUGGGCGUUGAUCUCGCCUUUGUGGAGGAGAUUCAGUCCUUCCGCCAGCGGCCAACCGGACGCCACAUCCUGCGCAUGUAUGCGCAAGAACGCUCUCACGUGAUGCAAUCAUCAUCGGCAGCAUCGUCAACGUCGGAACCAGUGUCAGCAUCAGCAUCAGCACCAACACAACAGCUGCCCUCAUCAUCUACAACAUCAACAUCGACGACAUCAGAGCAUGAUCUUCAUGGGAAGAACACAAGCACUGAUGCAGCCAAGAGCGAACAACAUACGCCGGCACCCAAUACACAGACAGACAGCAGCGAUGGUGAAGGCAGUCGAGACGCCAAAAAGGACCUGUAGCUGCGUGCGUGUGUAUGUGUAUGUGUGUGUGUGCGUGCGUGUGUGUGUGCGUGAGGUUGAUUACACCCGUUGUUUCUUCACCCUACCCCCGCCAUGUGUGUUGAUCUUUUCUGCCUCCUGCGUUAUCUGUGAAUGGCAACUUGGGCUCUGCACUGCGUUUUACUUCUUCUCAAUCCUAACCACUGCACAGGGAACGAGUUCACUGCUCGCUUGCUUUUUUCCCUGGCCAUAAAUACAAACGACAACAACAACA